UUUUUCAGUAAACAUUGUAUAUCAAAUACCAAUAAUAUUGAAAUCAUGGUAUCAAAAUAUGAUAAUUUGAUAUCUAUCGUAUAAUACUUUAAUUUAAUUUUUAAAUAUUUCAAUUUUUAUUUUUGAAUAUUAAAAUACUUUAUUUAAAAACUAGUUAUAGACUCUGAAUAAAUAAAAUGUGAUUGACUAUUUUGAAAGAGGGAGAGUAAAAAUGAAGGAAAAAAGGUUAAAUUUAACUCUAUUUUAAAAAAUUGACUAAAUAUACCUUUUAUUAUAUUUUUCCUUGUUAUCAUAAUUUGGGGCCAAAUUUCUCCUCGACUCGAAUAAACUGAGUGAAUAUAUUAUGUCAUAUUUUGGGGGUAAAUUCUCCUCGAUGUCAUACUUUGAGGUUAAAUUCAUCAUCAUUAUUAAGAAAUUUUUUGACAUGUACUAUCUUUUAAUAGAAAAACUCAAAUCAACGUUAAAUGUUUCAUUUUAUAAAAAUAAAAUACACCCUAAUCUAGCCCGCUCAACUUGACUCGAACCACAAAAAGACGCAAACAAAUAUACCCACUCAGUUCUAUUGAUCAAAAUUUUCGAAUAAGAUUUAACCAUUGAAUAUUUAUCAAUGCAUAGCUAAUGAAAAAUAAAUUUACCUUAGUACAACACACAAACAAUUAUACUCAUCCCUUCGAUAAUGGAUCUACAUCAGCGCAAAGGUCAUGAAAAGUGAUGUUUAGCGGUCAAAUCUAAUAAAUUAAGCCUACUGAAUAUUUGUCUAGAUGAUUGACCCAAAAGUAUAAUAUUGAAGGUAAUUUGACUUUAAAAUAUGGCGAAUGAUAUAUUUAAUUAGUUUUUAAUAUAAAAAAAUAAAUUUAACCUCAAAAUAUGCUAGCAAAGAUAAAUUUAACUCAAAAAAUUAACGUUAGAUAUAUUUAAUUAAUUUUUUCAAGUGAAAAAAAUAGGGUGAAUUUAAUCUUUUCCAAAAAAUGAAUAUAGAGUUAUUGGAAAAGCUAUUUCGAAUUUUUUGAAAAAAAAGUUAGAAAAGGUGGGAGUGUGAAGUGUGAACAUUUGAUCCAGUCAACAAACGCACAAAACAUGGAAACACACUAGAAAGAGACCGCGCCAGCUGAAUGUAACUGACAGAUGUGGAUAACAGGACGCGCAAGUUGCCGGUAAAAUAUAUCCUACGUGGCAACCACUAACUGGUUCCAGCUUCUGAAAAAUGUAACGUAAAACAAACACUUCUUUAAUUAGUAACAAGUGGAAUUAAACAAUAAGAAAAUUGUAAUUAACAACAGCAAAAACACUAUUAACAACAAGGGUUAAGAGGGUAAAUCUAUGGGCUAAAGUAGUAUAAAAAGGGGCAGUUGAGAAGAUUACAGACCACAACAACAAAAAAAAGAGUGAGGCUGAGAGAGAUAUAUUCAUCAAUAUUUUUCUCACACCUGCACACACCACACACUUAAAAAAAAAUAAAAAAAUCAACAAUUUUCUCAAAAUUUUUCUGUGUUUUUUCAUCUUUUUAAUCUCCUCCCCUUCUGCAUCAUCCCGCUUCUUUGAUCCCUUUCUGUCAACUAUCUGUGUUUUUUAAAGAAAAUUUUCUGUGACUUUUGAGUUUGUGUUUUUGAUGUUUUUUUGAACAAAAGAAAUGAAGAAAAUGCAAACUUUUAAUUUUUAGAAAAAGUUUUCUUCAAAGCCAGGUGUUUUCAGAAUCGAGAUCUAGUAAAAUUAGUUCGGUAUAGUUUCAAGUUUUUUUUUUUUUAAUUUUCUUUUUGUAAAAUCAGCUUAGAGGGCUUUAUUAGUAGUCCCUCAAAGUUUGAUUAGGAGAAAAAGGGGUUGUUAUUUGAAGACCUCUUUGUUGCUCUCCUUUUCUUUUGUUUAUAGCAAAAUCACUCACCUGUUUUCUCUUAUUUGAUAAGAUUCAGGGUUGUUUUGUUUUUGUUUGGUGUGUCUUUUUAGGUAAUGGCAGCAGCUAUGGAUUUUUGGAAUAGUACAGUACCUUUAGAUCUUCAAUUAUCAUCAGAUCCAGUUACUUCUGGUGGUGAACUUAUGGAAGCACUUGAACCAUUUAUGAAAAGUGUUUCUCCUCCUCCUACUUCUCCUGUUAACUUUCCUCCUAUUUUCUCUUCUCCUUCUUCAGAUCUUCAAUCUUUUCCUUCUUUUCCUCCUCCUCCUAAUCCCAUUUCUUAUCCCUACACUUCUUCCUUUUACCCUACCGUUCAACCUUCUGAUGAUUGUUCCACUUCCACGGAAAUGAAUUCCCAAAUCUUUUCAACAGGGUUUUCCAGUUACGGAAUGGAUCAACAAUCGAGUUCAAUUGGGUUGAAUCAGUUGACACCAACACAGAUCGAGCAGAUUCAAGCUCAGAUCAACUUUCAGAUCCAGCAACAACAACAGCAGCAGAUGAUGUCGUACCAUCACCAUGCUUCUUCUACCAUGAGCUUCUUGGCCCCGAAACCGGUUCACAUGAAGCAAUCUGGAUCACCACCAAAGCCCACUAAGCUCUACAGAGGCGUCAGACAACGUCACUGGGGAAAGUGGGUUGCUGAGAUCAGAUUGCCCAAGAACCGAACCCGUCUUUGGCUUGGUACCUUCGACACUGCUGAAGAAGCUGCUUUGGCUUACGACAAGGCGGCUUAUAUGCUUCGUGGUGACUUUGCUAGGCUGAACUUCUCCCAUCUCCGCCACAACUUUGGUGAGUACAAUCCAUUGCAUUCUUCCGUUGAUGCUAAGUUAAAGGACAUAUGUCAAAGCUUAGCACAAGGGAAGAGUAUUGACUCUAAGAAGAAGAAAACCAAAGGGUCGGCAUCGGCAUCGGCAGCUACAGCUGCAGGGGUAGUUAAGAUGGAGGAAGGAGAGAGCAAAGUUGUUGAAGGUGGAUCCGAAAGUGACGGGUCGGGUUCCGCGUCAGGUGAAUCAUCACCGGUAACUGAACUGAUUUUUCCAGAGUUCACCGAGGAAGAAUCAACAUGGAACAUGUCUGAAAAUUUCUUGUUGCAGAAGUAUCCAUCUGAGAUAGAUUGGGCUUCUAUAUAAGGAAAAAAAAAACAUAUUAUUAGCUAUUAUUAAGUUUUAGGUCCAAGAGGUCUUUUGUAUUUUUGCAUUGUUUAUAGUAAUUGUUAAUGGUGUUUCUAGGUGUUUAGGUCAGGGAACAGUCGGUCACUGCAAUGGAGUUUUUGGCAAUUGCAGGGCAAGUUCCUUUCUUGUUUUUAGGUUAAAAAUCGUAACUGGUUUGGUCAUGUUUUUUGUCUUGGCUAGGCCAGUGGAUUUGAUGCUUUGUCAUGGUUGUAGUCUUUUCAUUUUAGUGUCAAUAUUUUCUUUAGUACUA